GUAGAGUAACAGCUCCCAAUCGGAAGUCAGCGUCGAAGCAGAGGCAGCCAUAACUGAGAAUGGCAGCGGGAAUGUCCCCGCCCCCCGUGUGACGUAGUUUUCCCUUCGCCCAAGUCUCACGGUUGCCCUGGGCAACAGCUGAGCCGUCGGGGGAAGAGGUGCAUCAGUGAGUAGGCCCCAAAGGCACGAAGGUGACCAGACAUCCCGGGUUAGACGGGUUAGCUCCCAUUCCGGACUGCCUGCCCGGGUUGGGAAGAGAGAAAGGCUUGAAUCACGAACUGUCAGUUAUCUUGGUAAUACCCAGGUUGGAUGCCCAAAGCUGCUGCGAAAACACCUGGAGGACUUUCAGUAUAUAGUUUUGUACAACUGGCUGUUCUGGACCCUGCAUUCCUCUUUUAUCUGUUGAACCUCAUUGAGUCUUAACAUAUCUUAAAGCCUUUACCUUUCCUCCUGAACCUUCUCCUUGAAUUACUGCUUGCAUCAUCCAACUGAAAGACACGAAAAACUGUGUCCAAGAAUUCAGAUAUGGCAGAAGUGAAGUCAAUGUUCCGGGAAGUUCUUCCAAAACAAGGGCAGUUGUCUGUGGAAGAUGUAACCACGAUGGUGCUGUGUAAACCCAAACUCUUGCCCUUAAAGUCUCUGACUCUGGAAAAAUUGGAGAAAAUGCAGCAAAUAGCACAGAAUACAAUUCGUCAACAAGAAAUGGCAGAAAAGGAACAGCAAACAACCCACUGAGUGAUGACAGCAUUUCUACAGAACACCCCAUCUUACCCACUGUAGUCAAAACAAUAUUGUAAACUGUGUACUGAACAUGUUAAUAAAGUUGAUAGUAUUCAUAUAAUACAAAAAAUACCGAACAAGUAAAAAUGGUAAAUUUGAACCCCCAAAAUUUAAAACUUUGGCAUUAGUGGUUCAGUGGUAGAAUUCUUCCUCCCAAAAAAUUUAAAACUUUGAUCCGUUUCAUUUUUUAACUUUUAAUAGUAAGAGGAAUGAUUGCCACUUCUCUUACUAUUAGUUUCAUAGACAUGAUUCUUGGGCCCACCUGACUAAAUCUGACAAGACUAUCAGAGUUUCCCAAGUAUGUCCUUUUCAAGAGAAAAAACAUUCACUUAGCACCCUUUUGGAAAUUGCCUUAAGUGAACAAGGCUUCCUCCAACUUGAUUAUUGCAAAUUGGAGGAAUCCCUGAUGCCUUCUUGGGGAAACAUUGAUCUAUAUGAGUUAGCUGAAGAGAAGUAACUUAAAGAGGUCAACUGUAUGGUAAAAAACAGAAAUUAGACUUUUUGCAGGGAUGGAAGCAGGUUGGGCCACACCCAGCUGUGCUCAGGAAUCACUCCUAGUGGGGGCUCAGGGGACUAUAUGGAAUGAUGGGAAUUGAACCCAGGUCAUCUGCAUGCCAGGCAAGCACCCAACCCGCUGUACUAUUGCUCUACGCCAGAGGCCCUAGAAAUUAAUUUUAAAUGACUUUUUUGAGGGGCAGUCUAGAGGUCACAGCAAAUGGUGCUCAGGGGGAUGCUCUGUGAGGCUCUGAAUCUAACACAGGAAUCCAGUGUGUCAAGCAUCCUCUGAAUCUUCAAGGUCACUCCAGCCCCGCAUGGUGCUAAAUGUAGUACAGACAAGUUAUAUAAUGAGGCACACCUGAAAUAUAUAUUUUGUAAUGCAGUAUAUUUUUUUAAACUACUAAAUCUGGGCCGGGAGAGUACAGCAAGUAAGGCACUCGCCUUGGACAUAGUCGACCAAGGUUUGAUCCCUGACAUCCCAUAUGGUCCCUAAGGCUGGCAAGGAAUCUGGAGCAGAGCCAGGAGUAAGCCCUGAGUAUAGCCAGAUGUGUCCCAUACACAAAUUUUUUGAAACUACUGAAUUUUCAAUAUAUAAAACAAAGUGUUCAUGAUGGACAUUUUUCUUACCUCACUUAAAAGACAGGCAUCAAACCAUAACCGAAUAUAUAUGAUGACAUACUCUCCCACUAACCUGACAUCCACAACCCCAAAACUAUUUUCUUGAUACAUGAAAAUGACAAAUCAGCAAAAUCCAGUUUCCUGGAUAAUGUUAUAUAUGCAUUAUGCAUAUAUAUUAAAUAUAUAUGGGACCCGGGGCUGAGACCUCCAAGCCUGCUCGGAUUGGGACUGGGCCUCUUCUGCCCAGAUUUCCCAUUUUCCAGUAGCUAGGUGGUCACACCCAGGGACCGCCCCUGGCACCGUGUAAUCCCAGAGAUUUAAAACCAAGCUCCUGGAAUCUUGUAGCCUGCUUCUCCCUUUGGGAGAACCUGGCAAGCUACGGAGAGUUUCCUGCCCACAUGGAAGAUCCUGGCAAGCUCCCCAUGGUGUAUUCACAUGCCAAAACCAGUAACAAUGCUGGAUCUUAUUCCCCUGACCCUGAAAGAGCCUCCAAUGCGGCACCGUUGGAAAGGACGAGUAAAGAGAGGCUUCUAAACUCUCAGGGCUAGGACGAAUGGAGACGUUGAGACUGCUCGAGAAAAUCGACGAUCAACGGGAUGAUGAUGAUGAUCUAUUUGGUAACAAUUUAUGUGUAUCUUCAAAGUUUAAGCUUUAGUUAACAUCAAAAGACAAGUUCAUGUAUUUUCCUAGUAUUGUAAGCUUACUAUUGAUUUAAAAGUUUGCAAGAAGCAAAACCAUUUUCCCAUGGUUUAAAAAUUCUCUCUUAUGUGAUUUAAAGUGAACUGUCUGGUAGUGUGACCUUCCCUCCACCAAAGUCCCCAUUUUCCCUUCCACACCCCAGCCUUAGCAGGUACAUAACAAAUUUACUUCAUAUUGCUUGCUCCAACAAAACUUAAAUGAAUGACAAGUGGAAUUAUCAGAAAACAAAUCAAGAGAAGUCAACUCGUGAUGAGUGCUAUACGACUUUGACAUAUGUAAAUUCAAAACAUUUAAUAUUUAAAAACUACUGUGUGAAAUUAAAAAAAAAUGGGGGGGUUUUUUGGGCCACACCCACCUGUCUUCAAGGGCAAAAAAUAAAAACUAAUAAGGAUCUAAAAUAAAUGCAAACACAAUAAAGAACACUGCUUCACAUGUUUUAUUUUGUCAUACAUUCUUCUAGAACCGGGUUCAUUUUUCCAGUUUUGUAGAAAAAUAGAUGUUCCAGCCACCAUUUACUUAACUGUCUAGUCUUUAAGACCAAUCAUUAUGUUCCCUGGAAAGAUGAAUAAGUCUCAUGACUAACUCAUUUUCUUAAAAUUCUUUAAGACAAAGAAACUUUUUUUUACUCCCAAAGCACAGUAUUUCAACAGCAGCAGCCAACACGGGGUUUUAGCAGCUUAACUUUACCCCCUAAAUAAAGCUUUGUAUAAACCAGUGAUUUUACUACAAAAACACUGUCCUUGAAAGAAAGGAGUGGCAGUCAGACAUCAAUGCAAAACUUGGAAUGAUUAGGUCAGAAACAUGGCACUUACAAAAGGUAGCUUAUGAGAAUAUCCACUUAGGAAGUGGUUACUUUUGUGUCCGUUCUUUACACCCUCAAAAAAAAAAAAAAAAAAAAGAAAAAAAGAAAAAAAAAUGUUUUUGCUUUAAAAAU